AUGGAGGGUUAUAACUUGGGUGUGAGAAAAGGAGCUUGGACUAGAGAGGAAGAUGAUCUUCUGAGGCAGUGCAUUGAGAAACAAGGAGAAGGAAAGUGGCACCAAGUUCCUUACAAAGCAGGAUUAAGCAGAUGCCGGAAGAGCUGUAGACUAAGGUGGUUGAACUAUUUGAAGCCAAAUAUCAAGAGAGGAGACUUUAUGGAAGAUGAAGUAGAUCUAAUAAUUAGGCUUCACAAGCUUUUAGGAAACAGGUGGUCAUUGAUUGCUCGAAGACUUCCAGGAAGGACUGCGAAUGAUGUGAAAAAUUACUGGAACACCCGAUUGCGGACGGAUUAUUGCAUGAAAAAGAUGAAAGACAAAUCCCAAGAAACAAUAAAGACCAUAAUAAGGCCACAACCAAGAAGCUUCACCAAAAGUUCAAAUUGUUUGAGUUUUAAAGAACCAAUUUUGGACCGUACUCAACUAGAAGAGAAGUUUAGUGAGACAUCACAAACAUCAACAUCAACAAGGAUUGGAAGUGAUUGGUGGGAGACCUUUUUAGAUGACAAGGAUGCUACUGAAACAGCUACAGGUUCUGGUCUUGGGUUAGAUGAAGAACAGCUCGCAAGUUUUUGGGUUGAUGAUGAUAUGCCUCAAUCGACAAGAACAUGCAUCAAUUUUUCUAAGGAAGGAUUAAGUAUAGGUGAUUUCUCUUUUAGUGUGGACCUUUGGAAUCAUUCAAAUGAAGAAUAG